AUGACCCGCAGAUUUUUCAUCUACGAAAACCGAAAAAGUACCGCUUGCUGCUGCUGCAAAAAAGGCACCGUCAGCCUCCGCUGUGUUCUCGAACGCUCGGCCAACGUCUGCAAAGAAAGCGUAAAGCUAAAAGCGACAAUCGACAAUCAAAGCGAAGUGGAAGAGUGUUGCGAGUUCGUCAUCGACCGAGGAGUCCUGGGCGUGAGCAAGGACCUGAAGCACCACGUCUUCGAAUACAGAGGGAGCAACGUCAAGCUGCACUCUCGUAGCAAAUGGGACGGUUCCAAUAGCCUUGUUUUACCUCCGAUGCCUACAACACUUGUUGGAAUUUGUAGAUUAGUACAAAUCUAUUAUGUGCUUUCAGUAAGUCUAGACAGUGAUAAAGACGUAGACGUUGCCCAAGUCAAUUUCCCGAUUACUAUAGCGAUUGUACCUUUGUGGAUACCGAACACGAACACCUCACCUACAAUACGAUACGAACAUGCGUGUUCCCACGUCGAAGGCGGUCAAUACAUCGGACCAGAAUUCCUCCUCGGACAAGUCUACGAUGGAAAUGAACACCACAUUAGGGAGCCUAUUGUACUGUACAAACCUUUAUAUGUAACAGUAGAUAAGUCUGAAACAAACUGA